AUGAGCAAGUUCCUGGGCCCCUGCUAUGUCCAACUGGCCAAGAACUGGAUUCCCAUGCUGGGCAUAUGGGGCACCAUGGGCACCAUGGGGCUAGUGUGGGCCACUGAGUGGAGGCUGAUUCUAGACUGGGUAGCCUACAUCAAUGGCAAGUUUAAGAAGGAUGACUAA